GCUGGCAAUGAUAGGUGUCACUGUCACACACAAUUGUUUUGCUCGAAUUUCGAGGUUAGGUUAUUAAUUAUCACUAUUUCACUGCGUGGUCUUGUUUAUUCUAUACAAUUAAAUUAUUUUCGCUAUAAUCAAAAAUACUAUAAUGUAUUUGAGAUAUUACCUAAAUGAAAAUGGCGACAGGCAGUAUACGUUGGCGACUGUUGACCCGUUCGGAAAGCCAACUUUAUCAGCCCAUCCAGCCCGUUUCUCUCCAGAAGACAAGUACUCCAGACAAAGGAUUAUAAUUAAGAAGAGAUUUGGGCUUCUUCUAACUCAGCAACCUGAGCAAGUUCAGUAAUUUAGACACUACUUUUAAGUUAAUCUAUUUCUUUCAAAUGUAUGCAGAGUUAAAGAAAACCUAAUGAUAAUGGACAUGCUCUGUUCCAAAAGUUUGAAAUUAUUGUAUAAAAACAUCCCAGAUUUUACUGUUAAGUGAAUAAAAUAAUUUGACAAAGUA